AUGUUAAAAGGCAUGUUUCAUGUUACAUUUUAUAUUUUCGCGCGAAAUGAUUUAGUGUUUUUUUGCAUGUAGUGACACGUUGCUUCCCCCUACUUCCCCUCGUAACAUGUUUUUUUGGUCUGUCCAUCAUGUGAUAGACCCGGAUAAGCAAACACGAUCACUGCUAACAUGAGAAACAUUAGGUUGUAUGUGUGAUAACUCGCUAAAGACGAAGUAUAAUCCGUGGUCUCUAUCUUAUGGCAAUAUUAUUAAACUGUAUUUAUGUAUGGGUUUCCUUCCUGUCAUGCAUCGCUUUAGGGUUAUCGGAAGGUGUAAAUACACGAUAUUCUCUGGGUGAUGACCUCUUGUUACCCUACCCUUCUUGGUCCCGCCAUGGCUCUCCCCACUCCCACCGGCAUGUGAGAGACUGCCAGCCGGUCGUCCAUGGCAACGCCACCCAUGAGACCUGGCCGGCCCACAACCACAGCGCGUCCCCCGUUGCUCAGUCCAGGGUGUUUGUGUCGGACGUCUCCCAGUAUGCUCAGACUUGGGAGCCCACCAGGUGGGUGAGCGGCCACAUGACGCUUGUCACCGACCCCCUGAGAACCGUGUCGGUGCUGGAGCCUGGAGGCCCCGGGGGCUGCCAACGCCGCAGGGUCGUGAACGUGCCGGAGACGGCCAAUCUGAGGAAGUGCCUGUAUGCGCAGAACGGAGGCUUCUUUGACAUGGACCAGCACGACUGUCUGGGGAACGUGGUGAGCGAUGGAGAAACGGUGCAGGACAGCGGAGGAGUACAGAACGCCCAGUUUGGAAUCCGGAAGGACGGGACGCUGGUGUUUGGGUUUCUGUCUGAGGACGACGUGCGGGACCGGGAGAACCCGUUUGUGCAGCUGGUCACCGGGGUGAUGUGGCUGCUGAGGAACGGACAGGUGUACAUCAGCGAAAGCAUCAAGGCAGAGUGCAACAAGACCCAGAAUACGGGAACAUUUGAUACAUUUGUGAAUGUGCGGUCCGCCAGGACCGCCGUGGGUCACGACGCUGAGGGUAGGCUCGUCCUCUUCCACAUCGAUGGCCAGACCAGCGUCAGAGGCAUGAACCUUUGGGAAGUGGCCAAUUUCCUGAAGAGUCAAGGGGUUAUCAACGCCAUCAACCUGGACGGAGGGGGAUCCGCAACCUACGUGGUCAAUGGUUCCCUGGCCAGCUAUCCUUCUGACCACUGCAAGCCAGAUCCCAGGUGGCGCUGCCCGCGCAAUGUUUCAACUGUGCUGUGCGUCCACGAGCCCCUGUGCCAGCCUGAGAACUGCAGCGGGCACGGGAUCUGUGUCGAGGGCCGCUGCCAGUGCCACCCGGGUUGGCAGGACCCAGACUGUGCCAGUCUAGUGUGCCAGCCCCCAACGUGUGGCGGCCAUGGGGUCUGCACAGAGAAUGGCUGCGCCUGCGACGCCGGCUGGACAGGCUCAGACUGCAGCCAAGUGUGCCCCAGGGGUUUCUAUGGCGACGGCUGCAAUCAAACAUGCAGAUGUGCAAACGGAGGCACAUGUGACCCCGUCCACGGCAGCUGCUCAUGUCCGGCAGGUUUCCAUGGGGAUCUGUGUGAACAAGAGUGCCCCCUGGGCUUCUAUGGUCUGAGCUGCCUGCUGCCGUGCCAGUGUGCGGACAUGUGUCCCUGUGACCCCGGCACAGGAAGCUGCAACGUCACCUUCCACAAAGAGCAAAACAACACCAUGCACAGAGGUAGGCUUCUGAUUGGCAUUGGUUUUCUCCUUAUCACUGCUGUGGUGACCAUCGACUCGUUUGUGUGAAAUGAGGAAGUUUCGUCAGGUUAAAAGUCAAUGUUUUUUCCCCAAGCAUAUACACAGUACACAGUACACAGUGCACAGUUUUUAAUAAGUAAAUAAAAUGGUACAUCAUGGCGUGAUAGGACAGCUAUGCAAAGUGCAAUACGCAGAACUAUAAAAUAACACUGAAAAGACAGCAGGGGUGGUUUGUAAAAGGCACUUUGCAUAUGAAGUAAAGUCUCUCUCUGACCUACAACCUACAUUUUAAACGGGCUGUGGAAAGUAUGGGUAUGUGUUUUAUGGUUGCUUGAUUCCACUGAAGCCUAUAGGCAUGUAGAAUGUCUUAAAAUACUUGUGCAUUCUCUUUGGAGAUGUGAUAUUCAGGUAGAAAGGGUAGUCUGUUAAGUGUCAAAAUGCAGUUUUCCUUAUGUGAG